GCAACAGGCGAGGCUUGUGCUCGGCCAUUGCAAUGCUCAAUCUGUGAAUGGCGCUUUGGAAUCAUACAAAUAAUUUACAACGCUUAUCAUCACAGAUUCACCCUUCUUCAACGGACCAAUAUCUUCAUCUCAAUGGAGCCUUUGAACCCAGCUCAUGCUUCAGUAGUUGAAUUUGAUUCUUUAUUGGAAGAACUAGAAUCUGCCCAUGAACGUGUACAGGACCGUAUUAGGCACCUUGAAGCAAUAACUUCUAGAGCGAGGCAGCGUCAGAGGUGGCCGCUGGUUCACACUCCACUCCAAAUAACCAACUUUUUUACGGGAGAAGCUGCAGUGGGUGAUGCUCAAGAUGAUGGAUUGGAGCGCCAAGAAGUUGAGGAACGAAUGGUUGAAAGGUCGAGAGGGUCCAAAAGGAAAGGUGUCCAUUUAGUAGCACAAGCAUUGGAGGUGGAAACAGAUGGCAAUAAGAAAGGGGAAAGCACUGGAAAUUUUUUUGAUUGCAACAUAUGCUUGGACAUGGCAAGAGAUCCUGUGUUGACCUGCUGCGGUCACUUGUUUUGUUGGGCAUGCUUCUAUCAAUUGGCUUAUGCCUAUUCAAAUGCAAGGGAGUGCCCUGUUUGUAAUGGAGAGGUCACUGAAACUGGCAUUGUUCCAAUUUAUGGCAAUUCAAGUGGCAGUGGCAAUUAUGAUUUGAGAGUUCCUCCUCGACCUGCUGCACCUAGAACCGAGAGCUUUAGGCAGCAGCUAAUAAGCCAAGGAGCAUCUUCUGCUAUAAUCCAGAGUAUCCGCAGGUUUAAUAACCUUAUUGGUGGGUUAGGGGAGCGAGUUCAAUCAGAAAGCCACAAUACCACUGCUGAGAGAAAUAAUGCUUUGCCCACUCGUUCUCGCUUGCAAAUAGGCAAUGGUCAACAAACUGGUUCCGCUCCGAUCUCGAGGUUGUUAGUGCAAGGAGCUGCUUCAUUUUCAUCCCUUUCAUCAGCAUUAAAUUCUGCAAUGGAUUCUGCUGAAAGAUUGGUUGAGGACCUUGAGUCAUAUAUUCAUGAUCAUCCCAUAGGAGGAAGCAGGCAGUUAAAUCAUCAUGCUGUUGAUAGAAACUCAACUUUUAAUGGGAAUGUAACAAAUGUUGCGAUCGCAGCAACAGAUUCUUUAGCUGCAUCUUCUACGUCUCCUUUCGGUAGGAAUGUUGACACCAAUGCUGAUAUUGGCUCUGAAAUUCAGACAACUGAUAGUAACAGACUGAUUGUCACUGAGACUCGUCCACUGGAACCUUCUUCGUCUUACAGUGGCACCACUGAUGUUUCAACUUCAAGACAAGUUUCAAAUGAUCCCAGAAGGAGGAGGUUAAGAUUCUUAAGCUCUUAAGAUGAUGAUCUUUCAUUUAAGGAGAUGUAAAUCAAGUUGCCAGGACGUUCCUAUAGUCGAUAUGAAAACUGCAAUCUGCUUGUCAUACAAAAUUUUCUGUCCCUUUGUCUAAAAUGUGUUUCCUAGUUUACGUAUAAAACUGUAAACAACCAUUUCAGGCAUUUGUAUGACGUAGCCUAAUUUCAUUCAAUAGAUAUAAGGAUGUUUACAAAUAGUCAUCAAUGUCCUCUUUUGUCCAUUAUUUGUAAUAGGCGGAGGAGGGUUUCUUUCUUUUCCCAUAAGAAGCUUAUAUUAGCGAUUGCUAUGUUUGCAACAGUACUGUGUCAACUUUUGUAACUUGUUAAGUACAGUGUGUUUCAUCACACUAUGCCUUCACAUAUUCUUAAAUAUUCAUAUUAGAAGAUUGAUCUUGUUAUUAUGAAUGUCUAGUUUCUAGUCUUAACUCGGCCUUCACCUAGAGUUUUUCCUGCCUCAUGUAUGCCAAUCUGUGGGAUCAUGCCUUGAUUGACUGAAGACAAGGUUUGGAUCAGCAUUAAGGGCAUAAUAUUCUAGCUUAA